AUGGCACCGGCUAAAGAUACCAGGCAUGCAAAUAAGCCCAAGAAAUCAAUUGAAAAUCCACGGAUACUCAAACGAAAACGCAAUGAGACAGAAUUAUCGACAAUCAUCCAACGAGUCGAAGAGCUCGACCCAAAAAUUCGACUCGAAUCCUUCUCCGAAUUACCGCUCUCAGAUCCCACGUCGUCAGGUCUCACUGCUUCACAUUUCAAGUCAUUAACUGAUAUUCAGUCUCGAUCUAUUCCAUAUGCGCUGAAAGGACGAGAUAUUCUAGGCGCUGCGAAGACCGGUAGCGGCAAGACAUUGGCGUUCCUGGUCCCCGUCUUGGAGAAUCUUUAUCGCAAGAAGUGGACAGAGUACGAUGGACUGGGCGCUAUUGUGUUAUCUCCCACACGGGAAUUGGCGAUUCAGAUAUUCGAGGUAUUGAGGAAAGUCGGCCGAUAUCAUACAUUUUCAGCAGGAUUGGUUAUUGGAGGGAAAAGUUUAAAGGAAGAGCAGGAACGUCUUGGGAGGAUGAAUAUUCUCGUCUGUACACCGGGUCGAAUGCUUCAACAUCUGGAUCAGACGGCCGAACUUGACGUGUAUAACUUACAGAUGCUGGUUCUCGAUGAGGCAGAUCGAAUCAUGGAUAUGGGAUUUCAACAGACGGUGGAUGCGAUCAUUGAGCAUUUACCCAAGACGCGCCAGACGAUGCUGUUUAGUGCAACUCAGACGAAGAAAGUGUCUGAUCUUGCGCGGUUGAGUCUUCAGGAUCCUGAGUAUGUUGCGGUGCAUGAAACUGCUGCUAGCGCAACGCCGUCAACACUUCAGCAACAUUAUAUUAUCACGCCGCUGCCGGAGAAGCUGGACACACUGUAUAGCUUUAUCAGAAGCAAUCUCAAGUCCAAAACGAUUGUCUUUAUGUCUUCGGGAAAACAGGUUAGGUUUGUCUAUGAAUCGCUGCGACAUCUCCAGCCUGGUAUUCCACUACUACACCUCCACGGACGUCAAAAGCAAGGUGGACGACUCGAUAUUACGACCCGAUUUGCUCAAUCCAAGCAUGCGGUUUUAUUUUCCACGGAUGUUGCAGCUCGAGGAUUGGAUUUCCCCGCUGUUGAUUGGGUUAUUCAAUUGGACUGUCCUGAGGAUGCGGAUACCUAUAUUCACCGAGUGGGAAGGACAGCCCGCUACGAAAGGAAUGGACGUGCAGUUCUUUUCUUGGACCCAAGCGAAGAGGAAGGGAUGCUGAAGCGUCUUGAGCAGAAAAAGGUACCCAUCGAACGGAUCAACGUCAAAGCCAAGAAACAGCAAAGCAUCAAAGAUCAGUUGCAGAAUAUGUGCUUCAAGGAUCCGGAGCUCAAGUAUCUGGGUCAGAAAGCUUUUAUUUCUUAUGUGAAAUCUAUCCAUGUGCAGAAAGAUAAGGAGGUUUUCAAGGUCAAGGAUCUAGCACUAGACGCAUUCGCUUCUAGUCUUGGUCUUCCCGGUGCACCGCGAAUCAAGUUCAUCAAGGGCGAGGAUAGUAAAUUACAAAAGAACCAGCCUCGUGCGCUGCGGUACAUGUCGAGCGAUGACUCUGAUCAGGAGGAAGGCGAGAAAAAGACGAAAAAGAAGGAUGGUGUUCGCACGAAGUAUGAUCGUAUGUUUGAGCGACGCAAUCAGGAUGUGUUGGCCGAUCAUUAUUCGAAACUUAUCAACGACGAUGGUACGAUGGUGGAUCAGGGUAAUGGCAUCAAUGGUGACGCGGAUGAGGAUGAGGAGUUCUUAUCUGUUAAACGACGCUUUGCUGCCGGUGACGAUGCUCUCGGUGACAGUGAUUCAGACGAUUCCAGUUCAUCGCACGAUAAACAGAAAUCAUUCAAUGAUGGCGACAAAGCUAAACUUGGAAAAAAAGUCAAAGUUGUCAAGAUCUCCGACGCUGCCGAACCACUCAUCAUCGACUCCAAGCGCCGCGAGAAACUGCUUCAAUCCAAGAAGAAGCUCCUCAAAUAUAAAGGCCACAGCACAAAACUGAUUUACGACGAUGACGGCGUACCGCAUGAAGCAUACGAACUACAAGAUGAAGGGAAAUUCCGCGCCGACGGAGAUGCGCAAACCCAACGCGCCAAGUUCCUGGAAACAGAAGCAGAGAGGAACCGUGUGGCCGAUAUUGAGGAUAAGGAACUUGAGAAACAGAAGAAACGGGAGAAGAAGGAGAAGCGCAAGGCGAAGGAGCGAGCGUUGGCUGAGGGCGAAAAUGGUGUUGCUGUGUUGGCUGGGGAGGAAGAAUUUGUUGAUCCGUUCCAGUCGGAUCGGAGUGACGGUGACGAGGAGGUGUCUGCAAGCAGAGGGAAGAAGCAUGUCCCUGAAGAGGAAGAGGAUGCUCCUCGCCAGAGUAAGCGAUCUAAGAAAUCUCACAAGGUCGAAUCGUCAGCCAAAGAGCCUCUUGAGGUCAAUACGUUGGAGGAUCUGGAGGCAUUGGCGACUGGGCUUUUGGCAUAAGUACACUGACUCUAAUGAUUCUGUAUAUUUUGGCGUAUCGUCUAUUCUUCUACAUAUCUAAAAUACCAUCCCAGGCGCUAAUUAAUUCUUC